AUGGCCACUUCCGCUGCAGCAGGGCUGCUCAGCCGCCAAUUGAAGCAGAUGCAAACGGAUAAGGAUAUCCCGGGAAUUAGUUGUGGUUUGGCAAACGACAACAUAUUUGAAUGGGAGGUUAUGCUCAUGAUCUCAGAUGAGUGUAAAUUUUAUGGUGGUGGCUUUUUCUGCGCUCGACUAUCUUUUCCCCCCGAGUAUCCCCAUAUGCCGCCCACGAUGAAAUUUGAAACACCAAUAUUUCACCCCAAUAUCUAUCCCACCGGUGAAGUCUGUAUAUCUAUUCUUCACCCUCCGGAAGACGACAAAUACGGUUACGAGUCUGCUGCCGAGCGCUGGUCGCCAGUACAGACACCUGAGACUAUCCUCCUAAGCGUAAUCAGCAUGCUCUCCAGUCCCAACGAUGAGAGUCCGGCAAAUGUGGAAGCUGCAAGGCUUUGGCGUGAGGAUCCGAAAGAAUUCAAGAAGAGGGUAAGGCAAUGCGUGAGACAGAGCCUGGGGGAGGACUGAUGUGCUCGAUUCCCAACUAUUUUACGGUUCUCGUUUUCUUUCUCCUUAUUUCCGUAUGGAGUUUUCCGUUUCUCUCAUUAAUGGCAGCUCAGUGAGGUAUUUAAAUCAACUCAGGCAUGCCUUUCUAUAAGAGCAUUGUUUCCUUGUUCUUUCCUUUCUUUUAUUCUAGCCAUCUUUACGAAGUACAUGUCCCAUCUAUUUUCUCAUCAGUUCCGUGAACAGCGUCUCGCAGCGGAGUCACACCAUGUCCAUAGUAUUAGUUGAUUUUCUCUGCGAUAGCAGCUAGACAUGCUUGCCAAACCUAUUUCCGUU